CAUAUACAGUUACCUCAGACGCCGUGUACAGAUUCGACCCUACGAGUGAAGAUGCUGCCCAGUACCGGGCCAGUGGGGAUGAGGAUGAGUUCAAGUGGAAAGAUAGGGACAAUCCGGCCUCCUUCUUCGAAAUGCUUGACCUGCCUAGACCGUCCUCAUAUCCAACUACAGAAGAGGUCCGCCAAGAGAGCAGGGACAGAGCGACCCAAAUCUUGUCGACCUGGGAAACUCUGAGCAAGAUCGUCGAGCGCCAUGAAGAACGCAUCCAGAAACGGUGGCGCCAAAAGACGCAGCACAAACGCCGGCAGAUCCUCCUCACGGCGUGGCCAAACAUGCCAGAGGUCCACCGGCCUGAUUUUGCAGCGUUCAAAAAGGGAGUCCGCGAGCAGGCGCGAGAGGCAUACCUAUGGCCUUACAUCAACCUUGAAGAUUUGAGGCGACCAAGGCCCUUGCUCCUGUUUCUCAAUGCCCGGGCCCGCAACCCACCACACUUGUUUGCCCAAGCCGAUUUUGACGCCCUUCGCCUUGGUCGUGGCUCGAGUGUGAUAAGACCUCCCUUUCUGAACUUGCAUACCAUGAUGUUCGCUGGGAGGACCACACCGGAAACAUACGGAGAACUGCUUGCAUGGGAUAAGAACCCCGAGGCAAUGGCGUGGGCUAUCGGCGGGAGAGGAAUACUUCCAGGACCCGGCUUGUUGAUUUUGGAAAUCCAGCAGCGACUCUAUGAGUUCCUGUUAGAGUGUUGCUACCGAAUCUUCCAUGAUAUCCCUCGGGAGUCCAUCAUCGUGGACUUCCCUGUUCAGCCGGAGCCCACGAUCAAAGACGAAGGAGACUGGCAAUCACUCGUGGCUAUCACGGCAGACGCCCCUUACCGUCUUCCCGCCCAGCUGGACGUACGGGCCCUCGAAGACGUGGUCGAUGCCAAACGGUCCGCAGCAGAGGAUCAUCUCCUGGCAUUGCGGGAAGACCCGGGAUACUUUGCAAGUGUCGUCGACGAAUACAAGGAGCAUCGAUCGGAAAUGAUUUCCGAUAUCUAUGGCAGUACCCAUCCAACUCUGACGCCGUGGCCUGAUCGUUUGUUUUGGAAUCGUGUUUUGCAAAAUGUUGUCGCAGAGGCUUACGUGGCCCUGGAGACAUGGGACACUCUCCGUACAGCACUCGCCUACCUGCGUCGCCUUCUCUCCAAGUAUCAGGGCCAGCUAUCUCUCACUGAGGACCUUCCGCAGGAUCUAUACGAGGCAUUUGUGCGUACUCGAUAUUUCCUGGAGCAAUUCACGCGCGGUCCACUUGACCAACUGAAGGUCGCUGUACCGGCCUCCCCACCCCUUCGAUCGCUCUUCGCGCGCCUGCCACCUAUCCGAGGCUCUACAAAAAUGCAAGUAGUAUACAGGGCGAAUAGACUCAGGUCACAGAGCCAGGAUGAGCUGCUCUGGGUAAUGGAAACGCUCUGGGGAUCUAGUCUAAAGGUGCAGCAGGCCGGUCGCAAAACCCUCAUGGACGAACUCGACCGCCUCGUUCAGAGCGACCCGAAAAACAAGGACCUCAUAUCGGGGCGAGUCGCCAGCAUCGUUUCAGACCUGUCCGUCCUGUCCGAAUGUCUCCACCAGAUCGAACUCUUCCAACCCUGGGCAGCCACAUUCGAAGCUGGCUUGACCGACGAGACCAGGAAGGAAUACGCUGGUCUAGUCCAUGGCUGGGGUGGGUUUCUUGUCUCCUUUGAAGGCACAUCGCUUGGCCCUCUCGAGGCCCCGGGAAACCUUCGAUUCUACUACCCCGUUGAGAAGAGACGAACCCGGGAGAAUGUCGAGCUCAUGCGAUCCGCCGAGGCGAAUCUGGACGCCUUCUGGCGUGCCGUGGACAGGCAUAUGCCCAUCAAGAGCGGAAUGACUCGUCAGAACGCUACCUACCGGAUGCUGGCCCGGCUUUCUGGAAAGCUUCAACGAACGCCGGUCUGGGUGGAGCCGGAGAGGCCGCGUCCCAAGACGAAGCCUUCGGAGAAAGACGUCGCAGAGAACCAAUUUGAGCUCGAGUACCGAACCAAGAAGACUGCCGACUCGACCCGCCCGGUAGCAGCAGCCACCAAGAAGGUGAAGGCACGCGGAACACCAGCUAUCUCCGAGCAGCCUCCCGUGGAACCAUCGCCGCCCCCGCAGACCGACACUCAACCCACAUUCGCAGUCGACAAACGCUCCUUGAAGGUCUUCUCAACCCUCUUCUUCCAACCCUCACAGACAGCCCAACCCGGCGAAAUCGCAUGGACCGACUUCCUGCACGCGAUGAGCGGGACAGCGUUUAGCGUGCAGAAGCUCUACGGGUCGGUGUGGCAGUUUACGCCGAGGAAUUUGGAUGUCGAGCGCAGUAUCCAGAUUCAUGAGCCGCAUCCUGUGGCGAAGAUUCCUUAUCAGUAUGCGAGGCGGAUUGGGAGAAGGUUGUUUAGGGCUUAUGGGUGGCAUGGGGGGAUGUUUGGGGCUGCUUAG